AUGGCCUCCUCGCCUCCUCCGCCUGCUUCUGCUCCAGCGCUGAUGGAUCCCGCCGUCCGGCCGACGGUCACGAGGUCGAACGAGGCGCUCAGGCGCAUUGUCCGCGUGUACGAGGCCGGCGGCCGCGAUUCAGCAGCGCAUGCUGACAUCACAACUCGCAGCGCGGCCGUCGCCGCUCUUCAAGCCGCCGGGAUUCCACCGGUUGAUCCCUCGACUCCGGGGGCUUUCGACCCCUGCCCCCUAGGGUUUCCGUCGGUGAGGGCGGUGGCGGCAGGUGCACUGGGCUCCAGCAGGGAGAUGGAUCCCCUGCUAGGGUUCGCGUCGACCCCGAUGCAUGCGCCGAUGCCAUGGGGCAUGCCGCGUCCGGCUGCUCCAAAUGGUGCGCCGCGUGUCGCGCCACCGCCGUUCGGCCGACCACGUGCUCGUCGGCAUCCAACAUCUCCAUCGGCGCCCCGAGGCACCGGCGCCCUACCAGACGACCUCUGCUCCGGCUCCGCCUCCUCCUCCACCCGGAUUUGGAGUGCGACCUCCUUGAGGACAUGCCAGCGCUUGUGCGCGACCUCCUGA